GUUACGUAACCUCCCACUGCAGAAGGUCCACCUAUAAAUGACCGCGGUGCAGCGGCCGUCAGACAUUUGAAGUUUGGAGCCGACCUCGGUCACGAGACUCAGGAUGGAUAAACUGACGCUGGGCCUUGUUGUUGUCUGGGCCUGCACCCACUGCACAGGAGCAGCUUCAUUCUCUCUGCACAUGGACGACUUCAUCGAGGCAGUGAAGCAGGUGGAGGACGCUGAUCCCAAGUCAGUUCCACAGUCGGUUCUGAAGAGGCUGCGUUGGUGGGCGGGGUUAAACCAUGAUGCAUUCAUCCAGCACUUCCUGGGAGAUGUGAGCCCCACGGCUCCAGACCUGGACCCUGGUCUGGUGGACUACAUCAGGACGGCCGUGCAGUACAGGGUGACGGACGACGCAAGGGAGGAGGGGGUGGUGCUGACCUCGGACGGCUCCACGGUGGCCCUCAGGCCCCUCCUCCUGGGCCUGGAGGCCGGGUUCCUGCCCAGGUACAGUGAGCGUCAGAGGGCUCUGUACCAGCUGACCCUGGCCAGGGAGCUCAGCCUCUCCCUGAGGAGCAGCUCUCCCCCCGGCCAGCGGGUGGGGCCUGACGGCUGUUGGGACAGCCUGUCCUCCCCCCUGGUCUUCACCCUCUCGGACACCCCCAGUCUGCCCACGGCCUCUUAUGUCAACGGCGCCAUGGACGGCGUCGUCCUGGGGAUGGCGAUGAAGAGCAGACGUUCUCUGAAGCUCAGCAGCCUGCUCACGCAGUAUUACUGCCACCAGCUGGACAACAACGGAAUGGACGCCGCCCCCCGUCUGAUCGGCCGCCGCCGCAGGGACAACUUCAGAGAGCUGGUCCUGCCCCCCCUCCUCUACAGACAGGUGAUGAAGUCAGUGGACCUGCAGAGGAGCCUGAGGAGAGAGGCAGAGACGGAGGUGAAGGAGAAGAAGCGGCUGAUGGCAGCGGUCAAGGCGGGGGUCAAGGACUUUGUGCACCUGUUCAUGGACUGCCCUCCCAUGAUUCCUCGCUGCAUCUGGGGGGCAGCACCUUACAGGGGGACCCCCACCAACCUGACCCUGCCCCUGACCUUCAUGUUCAUCCACCACACGGCCAUCCCCAGUCAGCCCUGCCUCACCUUCCAGCAGUGUUCCGCAGACAUGCGCUCCAUGCAGCGCUUCCACCAGGAGGACCGCGGCUGGGACGACAUCGGAUACAGCUUUGUCGCAGGCUCUGACGGCUACGUCUACGUGGGUCGCAGCUGGCACUGGCAGGGGGCCCACACUCUGGGACACAACACCGUGGGUUACGGCGUCUCCUUCAUUGGAGACUACAGCAACAGUCUGCCCUCCCAGCAUUCCAUGGGGCUGGUGAGAGAGCGGCUGGCGUCCUGUGCCGUCGGUGGUGGCAGACUGAUACCCAGCUUUAUUCUGAAGGGGCACAGACAGGUGGUCAACACUUCCUGUCCUGGAGACACGUUUUAUCAUGAAAUAAAAAGCUGGCAGCACUUUGGGGAAACUAAGAAAUGAUCGUGUGACCAACGGAAGAAGACGACGUCUGUAAAACAAAACUCGAACUGAACCAAUAAAUAUAUGAUAUAUUUGA